UUCCCAACAAAAUCGAAUCGCGGUUCGCGCUCAUCUUCAGGGGUUGUCUCGAAAGUGCCUCUUACCGUCGUUGUCUUCAGUGUGGAUCCAGACAAGGAUGGAAGAAGCUGCCAGCCUUUUCCCUGAGGAGGAGCUUUUGGACACUGCAGCCCUUUUGGAAGAUGAAAGAAACAAAUUAGAGGAUCCAGAGUCUGAGGCUGAGGCUCUUUCUCAGGCUGCCCCUGGAUGCUGCCGUUCAGUGAAAGAACAGGCCACCGGUGCUGGCCACACGAAGAGGGAGGCAGCCGCUGGAGACAGAGCGCGGCCGUCCCACCCGCGGGAGAGCCUGGGCUUCCUGGAUAAGAUGCGCGAAGACAAAGAGCUUUUCAUUCAGAAGACAAGAGGGGAGCUGCGCUCUUGCCGCCAGAGGAUGGACCUCAUCCGCAGACAGCAGGAGCACGUGGCGGCCGAGAUCGCCGUGGAGAGAGAGGCCAGCAACACGGCAGCUGUGGGCCGUCUGCAGGCCACAUCCAGACGCCUGAUCAUGGAGCUGGGGAACGAGAAAGACCUGCAGUCGAAAGUCACGGCCGUGCUGAAGGAGAGCGAGAGCGCCAUGUGGCACAUUGAGAUGAAGGAGAGGCAGUUCGAGGCCUUGCGGAAGGCUGUCCAGGAGGAGAGGGAGGCCGCGGGGAGGCGCCUCCAGGUUCACGCUGCGGAUCUCCUGCGCCAGGAGCAGGAGGCCAUGGGGAAGGCAGAGCGGAACCGGCUGCUGAGGAUCCGGAAAUCCUUGCACAUCCAGAGGGAGCACGGACUCAGGCACCAGAAGCUGGUGGAGGACGCCCAGAGGAACCACAAGGUCGCGGUGACCUUCCUGAGGGCGUCCCUGGGAAGAAUCCGACGGCAGGAGAAGAAGGCGGAGAUGGUGUCCCGGGAGCACCUGCAGAGGCGCAUGGACGCGGUGCUGGCGCUGAAGGGCAGCAUCACCGCGAGCCGGGAAACGCUGCGGAAAUUCCAGGCGUGGGGCCAGGCCCGGGCAGAGCUGGCCGCGCACAAGGCCCAGGCUGAGAAGGAGCUGAUCCUGGCACAGGGUGGUGACGCCUUCAGGCACCUUUUCCACCAGCAACGGCGCCAGGAGCUGGAGGCCCAGAGGCGGGCCUUUGAGGAGGAGCAAAAGCUCAGAAAGCAGGAGAUUGUCAGUAGGAUCUGGAAAGAGGAGGCUGAGGAGGAAAAACGGAAAAGGCAACAUCCCCCUGCCAAAGCUAGAGUCCCACGGACGCUGAGAAACAAGACCUGGAGCUACAUCUCUGACUUCUGUGAAGGGAACACAGCCAGUUACCCACUCGAGAACGACACUGUUGAACACCCUGACCCUGCUCGGUUGCUGAAAGGCAUCUCCAGUGAGUCCAUUCAGGGGGACCCCGAGGCCACAUCUGAGGAGGAGACAUUAGCGGUGCCGGAGAUCCCCGGGCUUUGGAACGAGGACCAUAAGCCCUACCAGGUGCCCAAGGAGGACGUGGACCGAAAGCCUGUGGGCGGGACAAAGAUGGACAAGGACGUCUUGGCCCGCACCAUGGCGCGGCUGCGGAGCGCGGUGGUCCACAGGCAGGUGGUGUCGGGGCGUGAGUUCAAAGGCCGCCCCUUCAACAGCAAGCCGGAGCUCAUCCUCUUCAAGGACUUUGAUAUUGGCAAAGUGUACAAGAAAAAGAUCACACUGAUAAACGCCACCUACACAAUCAACUACUGCAAGCUGGUGGGCGUGGACGACCACCUCCGGGACUUCAUCCACGUUGACUUUGACCCCCCUGGCCCCAUGUCUGCCGGGAUGUCCUGCAAAGUUCUGGUCACCUUCAAGCCCAUGAUAAAUAAAGAUCUGGAAGGAAAUGUCUCAUUUUUGGCUCAGACAGGCGGAUUCUCUGUUCCACUGAAAUGUUCAACAAAGAAGUGUUCUUUGUCACUUGACAGAGAGCUCAUUGACUUUGGCAGCUACAUGGUGGGCGAGACCACGUCCCGGACCAUCACGCUGACCAAUGUUGGGGGCUUGGGCACAAAAUUCCAGUUUCUUCCAGCCUCAGAGCCGCAUUCGAUGGAUGACUCACAGGUGGGUAGUGUCCUGAAAAUGAGCAGCCUCUUCACAUCCGAAGACAAAAGUUUGUAUGAAACAGUCGUCCCCAGUUUUUCUGAGCACCAGUUUGAGGGCAACGAGUCCUCCCCAGUGGACACACAGAGCCAGAAGGGGUCGGAGAGGCUGGACGGCAAGGACCAGGACAAGGGGCGGCCGGCAGAACCAGAGGGAGGAAGCGCGACCAUCAGCGUGGCCAGCGAGGCGCAGAUGGAGAUCAGACUGGGGGAGAUAACAGAGGGGGAGAUCGGUGCCUUCAGCUCCACCAAAGUGACCAUCAUCUUCACCCCGCUUAUCCCCGGAGAGACACGAGCCAAGUUCAAAGUCGUGUUCAGCAACGCACAGUGCCCAGCACUGUAUUUCAGAGCCACUGGCAUGGCUGUCGACGUGCCAGUCUGGGUGCCCAAGCCCAACGUGGACCUGAAGAUCUGCGUGUACGACCGGCUCUACCAGGACUCAGUGCUCGUCCACACGCGGUCGAAAGUGGCGCUGCGCCUGCGGUUCGAGGUGUGCAGGGAGCUGAGGGGCCACAUAGAGCUCCUGCCCGAGACCGGCUACAUCCAGGCCUUGUCGUCCUACUCGGUACAGCUCAAGUUCCUGCCCCGACUCUCCCUCCCGGAAGAUGCAGGGAAGUAUUUCGACAAGGAAAGCCGAAUUCUGGAGGCCCCGAUGACAAUAUGGGUGGCUGACCAGAUCAAGCCAGUGGGGUUCACUGUCCAUGCCAUCGUCACCACCUCAGACCUGGAGGUCAGCCCCUCGGAGCUGGACUUUGGCUACUGCACCAUCUACGAGGCCAUCAGGACUGAAGUCAGCCUCUACAACCACUCGCUCCUGCCCCAGGAGUUUGGCUUCGUCGGACUCCCCAAGUUUGUGGACAUCCAGCCCAACGAUGGGUUUGGGACAAUCCUGCCUCUGGAAACUUUGCAGCUCGAUGUGAUCUUCCAGCCCACCAAGGCCAAGGAAUACAGCUUCGAGCUGAUCUGCAAAUCCGAGAUUAACCGGUGCUUCAAGCUGUCUUGCCGGGCCAUGGCCGUCCACCCGCCCCUGGAGCUGUCCCACUACCAGAUCAAGUUUGCGGCCACUGCCUUGUACAGCACCUCCGUGGCCACGCUGUACGUGGUCACCUCGCAACUGAGCAUGAACUCGCUGACCCGCUCUGCGCCGCGCAUGGGCUCGGAGGACGCCUCCCUGGUGGGGCCGGCGUCUUUCGAGUUCCUGCUACCCCCGGACUCGCCCGUCACCAUCUCACCCUCAGUGGGGACCGUGCUGCCGGGGAAGAAGUGCCUGGUCCAGGUGGCCUUUCGGCCCGUGCUGCCCGAAGAGCUUAUCCGCCAGGAGGCCCUCCGGACCCUGAACAAGAACAUGGAGGCCGAGUCGUUCCGAAAAGACACGGCCACCCAGAGGAAGGACCGGCAGAGACAGUCCCUCUUCACGACUCGACUGCACAACCAGGACCAACCACUCCGGGUCUCCACCCCUCAUACCCUAGACCUCCAGAAACAGGAGAUCAAAGCCAGCUCCGAUGAGGACCAGACGGCACAGGCGGCGCUGAUCAGAGCUUUCCAGGGGAAGUUUGACAAGUUUGUGGUCCCCUGUGUUGUGGCCACUGGUGACAUCAAAGACAGGAAGAGAUUGGAACCUCUGAGCUUCAGCCCCCACAACACCUUGUACCUGGAGCUGUGGUGUCCAGCAGUGGCACCGUCUGUCAUGGUGACAUCUGACAGAGGCAAGACCAUCUUCAACUUUGGAGAUGUCGCCGUAGGACACUGCAGCAUCAAGAAAGUCUCCAUCCAGAACAUCUCUCCUGAGGAUCUCUCUGUGCAGUUCUCAGUGCUAAACCCCAAUGGCCCCUUCCUCCUGCGGAACCCCUCUGGCAAGCUGCACGCGGGCGAGACCCAGGUCCUGGUUCUGUCCUUCUCUCCACACGACAGCAUCCUGGCUCAAGAAACGCUGGACAUCAUCACCAAGAGAGGCACGCUCACCCUCACCCUCGUGGGCACCGGCGUGGCUUCCACGAUUACGUGCUCCAUUGAAGGCGACGUCCUCAACAUGGGCUAUGUGAUUGCCCGGGAGUCUGUCUCCUCAAGCUUCAAGCUGCACAACAGCUCCCGGCUGCCGGUCAAGUUCUCCGUGCAGCUCGACAGCCUCUCCAGCGCGGGGGCCGCGCGCCGCCAGCAGCUGCCCCGCUUCCUGGCCUCGCCCCUCGCCUCGGCCGCCCAGAGGACCGAGGUGGUCGGCACGCAGAACCUCGGCGGCCAGAGCGUGUUCAGCGUGGUCCCGGUCCACGGCGUCCUGGAGCCCGGGAGGGCACAGGAGUUCACCGUGACCUUCAGCCCGGACCACGAGAGCCUGUACUUCUCCGACCGGCUCCAGGUGGUGCUUUUCAAAAAGAAAAUCUCCCACCAGAUCCUCCUGAAGGGUGCCGCCCGGGAGCACGGCAUGUUUGUGGAGGGCGGAGACCCCCUGGACGUGCCCGUGGAGUCUCUGGCUGUUACCCCUGCCGUGGACUCAGAGCACAGAGAGGCCAGCUCCCGGCCAGCCCCUCUCUCUCCAGAAGCUGAGGAGAUGAAGCCCAUCCUGGUGACCCUGGACUAUGUCCAGUUUGACACAGACACACCAGCCCCACCUGCCACCCGAGAGCUGCGGGUGGGCUGUAUACGGACCACCCAGCUGUCUCCAAAGAAGACAGUCGAGUUCAGCCUGGACAGCAUCCCGUCCCUGCAGCACAAGGGAUUCUCCAUCGAGCCCUCCAGGGGUUCCGUGGAGCGCGGCCAGACCAAAACCAUCAGCAUCUCCUGGGUACCACCUGCCGACUUUGAUCCGGACCAUCCACUCAUGGUGUCAGCCUUGCUGCAGCUCAGGGGGGAUGUGAAGGAGACCUACAAGGUCAUCUUUAUAGCCCAGGUGGUGACCUGA